GGCAAAAUCAGUGGCUAAAACCCUCGACCGCAAUACAAAUUAUCCUUCUUCCACUUCUCUGGUAUGCUUCUUUUAGGGUUAACUUCUCCAAUUUUAUUCUUCCGCAAUCUCAAUCACAGAGCUCAGCUCUGUAUUGUGUUUUUUUUUCCCUCUCGUAAUCGAAGUUGUGAUUUCUUUGAAUAAGCAGUGAUCUUCUGUUGCAGAAAGCAAACUUCUUUGCCUGAUUUUUGAUUCUUAGGUAAUGGCGUCUCUCUUCAAGGAUCCGGCUAAACUUUCUGCUUAUCGGGACAGAAGGUUUCCGGGAAACCAAGAGGAAUUUGAACAUGCGCUUCAAACAUCGACUACUGUUUACAUUGGGAACAUGUCUUUCUACACUACAGAAGAGCAAGUUUACGAACUUUUCUCCCGAGCUGGAGAAAUUAAGAAGAUAAUUAUGGGAUUAGAUAAAAACACGAAAACCCCAUGUGGGUUUUGCUUUGUCUUGUACUAUUCUAGAGAAGAUGCUGAGGAUGCUGUGAAGUAUAUCAGUGGGACAAUUCUUGAUGACCGCCCAAUUCGUGUGGAUUUUGAUUGGGGAUUCCAGGAAGGCAGGCAAUGGGGCCGUGGUCGAAGUGGUGGACAGGUUAGAGAUGAAUAUCGUACAGACUAUGAUCCUGGCAGAGGUGGUUAUGGAAAAUUGGUUCAGCGUGAGCUGGAACAGAGACAGCUUGUCGAUUAUGGAGCUGGUUCAUUGGGCUCUUUCCCUCCAGUCAUAGCACCUCAUUCCCAUUAUAGUAGGCAUGGUGGAAACCAUGGUCAUGGUGGUUAUCAUAGGCAUGGAAGAGAUUAUCCCCGGAAGCGGCACCGAGAUGAUGAACAUCGUGCACAUGAUUCGUCAAGGAGAACCUCAGAUCACGAAUCAAGGAGAAAUUCUGAUCAUGACUCCCGACCGGAAAAGAAUCCACGUUUUCGUGAGAGUGGCGACUCUGAUGAUGAGGAGGAAGAUGAUAGGAAGCGACGAUCUUAAUUUUCUUAGUGCUAUUUUUAACUAGCAAGAUAUGUAAUAGCAUUGCAUUUUGUACCAAGUCUAACAAAGUACAUUCUUUCCAAGUAAAGUAAAAAUCUGUGUUCAUGCAAUGCAACAGCUAAGGCUUUUUCUUUUUUUCAAUUUAUUUUUUGUCAAUUUAUGGGUUGUAGGUUAAGUUCUGCAGAUUAUAAUGAAGAUGCCCCGCAUCUGAGUUUGGACUUCA